CAUCCACAGCUUCAAGUGGUCCUACACGCAAGAAGACGACGACAAGAGGUGUGCAAAGUCUCGCGUGUCGUUGUGGCGCUUGUUGCGCGAGGUGGCUUAUACAGCAGUGCGUGAAACCGUUUCGCAGGCAGCUGAGGAUAAUACACUACAGGUGGGCCUGCAGAUACAAGUACGGGCCGUGCCUCAUUGAGGCGAGGCACGCCUUCGACAGUUACAAGUCGCCGCAGACGACAUCGAAGCCGAUCCUCUUGGAGCACCAGUUCACCGUGUUCUGCACCGUCAUCGAGGACGGCGAUGAAGUAGAGUGGACGGUGCUUCGCACGCGCCUCGAGCAGGUGAGCGAUGGCGUCGAGCGCAGGAACAUCAUCCUCGCCCUCGGAUGCACUAGGGACAGAAGCCGGCUCCAUAGAUACUUCGAGGAGUUCUCGGCUCCCUCUAUGAGGAUGGUGCCCAUUUUGUUCACAGAGGCAGCGAAACGCGGUACCUUUUGGAGGUUGCGGACUACCGAAUACAUCCUCGCCAACUGGGAAGAGCUGAAAACAACGUAUCCGCGCCACUUUCUAAGCAUACUCACGGCCGUCUUCAAGUACGUUUCCAGCAAUGAAGAGCUCUUAGAGGUAAACAAACUGCUGAGGCGGAACCACUGGUCUUUGCUACGGUACAAUGCGGCUUUCGAGAGCAUCGAUCAGGCAGCCAAGAAGAACAUACAGUGGGUGGCUUCUCACUACGCCGAAGUGGCCCACUGGCUCAAGCGCGACGUCGCCGAAUUCAUACUCGACGACCAAGUCUUGCAUGGCAACGCUACGCUCAGCGAUUUGGGCAACGACACCAAGAACGACGACGAGGCCGACAGUCUCGACAUUGGAGCCAGUGAAGCUUUCGAAGCCUGCGGGAUUCUCGACCACCAGGUUACCAAUAGCGCCAUCGCCAAAGAAAACAACUCCGACUUGGACUCUGACGUCGCGGGCCUCAGAGACACAGUGCUCAACCGUGGUCACAGCGACCGUGUUGGAGACUCUGCGGGCACUGCUACAAGGGUGAGAGAUUUCAGUGACACGUUCCGCGCCAAACAUAACACUGACAGUCACGCGGUCUCCGCCACUGCUGCCAGUACAGGAAUGAGCGAGAGCCACAACCGAAGUAUCGAAGCAAGCUAUCUCGAAGCCGUCGACAGACACCAGCGCGUGGGGAAUAACGCGGAUGAAAGUGCUGUCGUCAAAGUGCCUCUAGUAACCGGAGAAAGUCCGCCAAAGGAGACUGACCCGUUUGAAGCGGCCUCGCGAAGCUAUUCGAGCCAAAGCCAGGAAAGUAACGCCAAGAAGAGUGCGACGAGAGGCGCUGACACCACAUUCAGUUCGUCUGUUUUCUCGCGAGUGAGUACGGCUGAAAUGGCCGAGAGGAACGCAAACUUUGAUGCUGCAAUAUUCAAGGAUUCGGAGCAAAGCGCCCGACUCAGCCAAUACGUUAAGGACGAAGACUAUACAGACACUAGCGUAACCAUAAAUGAUUUCGACUACAUACUCAUCACCAAACACUACCGAGACAGUCACAAUGCUUUAAAUGUAGCUAAACGUGCAGGGUCGAGCGAAAACCUUAAUGCCAGCCGUGAAAAUAAGAGGAUGACAGAGAGGGCUGCAAGUUUUUUCACCGGCACGCAUAGACACGAACGUGCUGUCAAGAAUGGCAGUGCCGGAGUAGACGUCAAAAUGGCUAAAGCAACCAUCAACUACAACAUUGAUAAAGGCAAAAAAGGCAGGGCUUUAAGUCAUUUUUCUACCAUCCACAGAGGCAACACCGUCCUUGAAAACUUAUUUGCCGAAGAAAAUCGUGAACAGAAUAGCAGAGUUUUAAAAACGUUGCAUAGCGCUCCUUUCAAUGACCAAAAAAGUAAGAACAAAGCGAACAUUGAAAGGAAUGGUGAUGCUAAAAAGAGUCCAUCUGUUUAUCUGAUGAAUGCACCCAAAACUGAGGCUGAGGUAGCCUUAAACACAGAUAGCAGAUGUUUUAAUUCGAAUUCUGGCAGCUGCAAGAGAGAACGCCAACGCGCCAGCAAUAACUCCCGCGUGAAUGGUGGUGCCAAAUCCUUCAAGGCUGAAGAAUGGAAUACCACGAAGACCAACGAAGACGGCAGAAACUCCACGUUUCUUCCUGUUUACUUUAAUUCUUAUGGCAUAAACGUUGAUGACAAUGUAAAUGAACUCAAAGAUUAUUCACAUUUCACCACUAGUGCUGGUUUCUCUCCUAGUAUUGUUUUGCUGGUUAGAGGCAACACCUCGGGGGUCGCCGUUGAGCACGUCAACAAAGUGGAAAACUGCACUGUAAGGACCACGCAUAGGACCUCUGAAGACAGUACGAAAAAAUUCGACGAAGCGUCCAGCAGUGCUUUGACUAACAAACGACGAAUGGCUCCGAGUAUGACCCCGUUUACCAACAGCCACGAGAAGAUUCCAAGGGCCCCUAGCUCAUUGACCGAGCGAAUUACUGCAAGCACAAAAGAAAGUGGUGACGUGCGGUUUACUCCCAACAAUGAGGCCAACAGCGGUAUAAACAUCAGGGACACUCACAACGACGUCAACGGACCUGCAAAUGCAACGAAAGUUGCGGGCGCAGCCACGAUCUCGAUUAUCAAAAAGAUCACAGAUGCCAAAAACGCUACCAAAGAUUCCAGUUCCGCCAUCGUGUCUUCGACCGAUUUCACCAAACCGUCAAAAUCUCCCUAUGCAAGCCGUGUCACUGAAGAUGUUGAAAAACAUAGUGCCAAGAACAUAGUGCCAAGAUCAUGA